AUGCGCCUCCCACUAUUCCUCCUUCUGCAGCUGGCCGCGACCAGUUUCGCCCUGACGAGGCCCGAUUACGACAAGUAUGAUUAUUAUGCUGUACAUUUAUCUCCCCAUGCCUCGCCCGACUCCGUAGCUGCCCACCUCGGCCUCGACCUCGACAGUGCCAUCCACUCGCUCAAGGACCAUUACGUAUUCAGAGCACCAAAGGCAGCUCAGGACGUCAUACACGAGGCCAAGCAGGACUUGAAGCGUCUAAGGAGGAAGAGACAGCUUGGAUGGGAUCGCCCUCAUGCUCUGGAUAAUGUCCUCAUCAACCGAAAGCAGGAGCGAAGGCAGCGUCUGUUUAAGCGAGUGCCACCGCCGCUACCCAAUGCAUUGAGCUUGCGCGCAGACAAGCAGCUGGUCGACUCGAAGGUACAAAAGGGAUUGGAUAUUGCGAAGAGCUUGAAUAUUGAGGACCCCAUUUUCCCGGACCAGUGGCAUCUGUUCAACCCUAGCCAGGCUGGACAUGACAUCAACGUCACAGGAGUCUGGCUUCAGGGCAUUACCGGAAAGAACACCACCGUCUGCAUCGUGGACGAUGGCUUGGAUAUGGACAGUGAUGAUCUCCGAGACAACUAUUUUGCUGCUGGUUCCCACGAUUUCAACGACCAUGUUGAUGAGCCUAAACCGAGGUUGUCCGACGACCAUCAUGGUACUCGCUGUGCAGGUGAGGUGGCCGCAGUAAGAAACGACGUCUGCGGUGUAGGUGUCGCCUACGACUCCAAAGUCGCUGGUGUGCGCAUUCUGUCCGGCGCUCUCACCGAACUCGACGAAGCUCUGGCCCUGAAUUACGCCUAUCAGGAGAACCAGAUCUACUCAUGCUCAUGGGGUCCUCCGGAUGAUGGCCAAAGCAUGGAGGCACCUGGUAUCAUAAUCAAAAGAGCCAUGGUUGCUGGUGUGCAGGACGGUCGCCAGGGUCUCGGUAGUAUUUUCGUCUUUGCCAUCGGCAAUGGCGCAGCCAAUGACGACAAUUGCAACUUCGACGGCUAUACCAACAGUAUUUACAGCGUGUCAGUCGGUGGCAUAGAUCGCAAGGGGCUGCACCCAUACUACAGUGAGAAAUGCUCAGCACAGUUGGUCGUCACAUACAGCUCGGGUUCUGGUGAUGCUAUUCACACUACUGACGUCGGAGCGAACCAAUGCUAUGUCAGCCAUGGUGGAACAUCAGCCGCUGGCCCUCUAGUGGCCGGUAUAUACGCCCUUGUCCUAGAGGCAAGACCUGAUUUGACCUGGCGAGAUAUUCAAUGGCUUACUGUCCUUACUGCUAUUCCCAUCGACCAGCCUGAGGAUGAUUGGCAAGAUACUCCUCUUGGUCGUCGAUUCAGUCACGCGUCUGGCUACGGCAAAAUUGACGCCUACGCUAUCGUAGAAGCAGCCAAGAACUGGACCAACGUCAAGCCUCAGGCGUGGUUCUUCUCACCAUGGAUGCACGUCAGGCAUGAAAUUCCUGAAGGCGAGAAGGGUAUAGCUUCCAGCUUCGAGAUCACCGAACAGAUGGUCAAAGACGCCAAUCUUGAACGUAUUGAACAUGUCACAGUGACCAUGAAUGUGGAACAUACCCGUCGUGGUGAUCUCAGCGUUGAGUUGCGCUCCCCUCAGGGCAUAGUAUCUCACAUUGCAACCUCUCGUCGCAGAGAUGAAGCGAAUGCCGGUUAUGACGAUUGGACGUUCAUGUCGGUUGCUCACUGGGGUGAGAGUGGUAUAGGGAAAUGGACUGUGAUCGUCAAAGACUCAACAAAAAAUGGUCAUACCGGCAAAUUUAUUGACUGGCAUCUGAAGCUGUUCGGCGAGUCAAUCGAUGGCGAAAAACAAGAACUGCUGCCAUUGCCUGACGAGCAUGAUGAUGAUAACCAUGAUAUCGAGACUACCAGUGUUGGUGGAGCUACUACGAGCGUCAAUCACCCUGUAGUGACAGGCGAGCCUCAAGGCAAUCCUACAGACCACAUCGACAGACCUGUCAACAGCAAGCCAACAUCCAAGCCCGAUGCGGAAGAAGACCAAGCCAGCGAGAAACCAGAGUCCAACUUCCUUCCCUCACCUUUCCCUACGUUCGGUGCAUCUAAACGCACCCAGGUCUGGAUUUACGGAGCAUUUGCGCUCAUCGCAGUAUUCUGCACAUCCCUUGGUGUCUGGUACAUCCUUACCAAGCGGAGGAGACAGCGCAAUGCACGCGACGAGUACGAGUUUGAAAUGUUGAACGAAGAAGACAUUGACGAUGAAGGAAACAGAGGAGCCAAUGGAGCCAACGGGAUGAGUGCAAAAGCAAAGGGUAAGCGCAGGGCAGGUGAACUUUAUGAUGCAUUCGCCGAGGACAGCGAUGAAGACGUGUUCAGUGUAGGGGACGACGAAGAACACGAACAUGAACAUGAGCACGCGUCAUAUCGAGACGACGCAGGUGUUUCUGGGCAAGGAAGUCCAAGCCAUAGGUCUGGCGAGGCGCAUGGGACAUGA